AUAACAUUUUUGUGCAUGUUCCUCGUCGGAUCCAUAGGUGGCGCUUUAGUGGAGAUGGGAGAGGCCAUGAAGAGACUGGCAGAAGUAAAAGACUCUCUAGACAUUGACGUCAAACAGAACUUCAUCGACCCUUUCCAAACUAUAGUCGACAAGGAGCUGAAAGACAUACAGCACUAUCUGAAGAAACUGGAGGGCCGUCGACUGGAUUACGACUACAAGAAGAAACGUCAGGGGAAGGUUCCGGAUGAGGAGCUCAGGCAAGCAGCAGAGAAGUUCGAAGAGUCCAAAGAAGUGGCUGAAACCAGCAUGCAGAACCUUCUGGAUACUGACGUGGAGCAGGUGAGUCAGCUCACAGCUUUGGUCGAAUCACAGCUGCAAUUUCACAGACAGUCUGUGGAGGUCCUGGAGGAGCUGGCACAGAGAAUGAGAGAAAGAGUAAACAAGGCCCAAUCUCAGCCACGCCAGAAACGGAUGCCUGUGUCCAGACCCAGUUUUGAUUGCUUAGAUUCGGAAGACUCCAACGGAGGCUGGAGUCCGUCAGCUGCGCCAUCAUCACACCCGUCCACAGGUGAGCUCACCCUGUUCAUUUACAUAAGGUUUCAAGGAGUAGUUCACCCAAAAAUAAAAACUUGCUGA